UCACUUGACGACAGAAUCCAGUUGAGAAGACGUCUUAGUGUCAGUACAGUCUCCAGACUUUUCAUUAAGUGACAUAUGUUUUUCUUCCUAGAAUGGCAUAUUUUGUAAUUUUGUGUUUUCUGACAGUGAUCUUAUGGCAAUUCUAUGUAGUGGCAGGAUGGAAUAUCCAGGAGUCGCUGAAGAAUCUUUUAGAAACAUUGGAGAAUUCUGAUGAAUACGACAUCGUCUUUCCCUUGGUGAUGACUCCCGAAACAAAUAAUUUAGUGCCACGAGUGAAGAGAAACAUCGACGGCGGCGAAGUCCAACCAGAAUAUACUACACAUUUUAAGGGAUAUGACAGUGAUUCUCCGACUUUCAGAAGUGGAAAUGACGUAGAAGUGCCAACAGAUAAUGAAAGUAAAAAAGAUGUGAUAAGCAUCACAAACAGUGCUAAAACGAGUAAAACUGAUUCCAAUAGGGAACGAGUGUCUUCAAACACGAAUAAAAAUACAUAUAUAACAUUAGAAAAGAGAAAUGUUCAGGAGGAAGCCACCAUAAGAGUAGAAAAUGUACCAAACGACCGAACUACAUAUUUUGAUGAGAAAAUUAACGAUGAAUCUACAGAUAUGGGAGCAAAUUGGAACAAACCAGAUGAUAUAACUACUAUAUCACUUAAAAACUGGAUAUUAGAAGUAAAAACCAAUCAUUUGUUAAUCAUACAAGAUGGUUUGGAAGCUGAAUGGGUGACUAAAGGAAACACAGAGUCAGUGGAAACUCACGGAGGCUGCAAACUUCAAAUUGGGUUCGUGAGAGGCGACAUAAAUUCCACUGUCGCCCUCACAACGUGCGACACUUCGACUGAAAACAGCGAAACAGGGGAUAUGACAGGCUUGAUUCAAGUCAACGGGGAUUCCUAUUUUAUACAACCUCUUCUGCUCACUGGGGAGCUAAAUCGCCAACACCCCCAUCUGGUGUAUAAAGCCAAAACAAGUUUGGAGUUGGGAAAUGAUCAAGAUUUUGGGGACAAAUGCAAGAGGUCAGGAAGGAACUCAAGCCAACGGACUACGCCGGGGGUCAGGAAUGACUCUGGUGGAAUAGGUAAGGUUGUUCCUGUCUGCCUGGGAAGGUCUAAAAGGGAAUCUUACUGGAGGCACAACAUGACAGAGAUGAAGUUCUCAAACACGACUGCAAGGGAAAACAUUUCUUUUCCGGAGAAUGAACCCGAUGUACAUCCCGUGGGACAACCUGAUGAAAGCCUGGAACACACGAUCGAACACAUUCGGAGGAAAUUCGAGCGAGAGGAACAAGUGGGCUACUUUCUUGACAGUGGCCAUGAGACAGAAGAUAAGCGCAGGCCACUGGGGUUCAGUGUAAACGCGCCUCCCCGGUGGCUGGAGCUCGCCCUGGCAGUUGACCACACGGUGAUCCAAUUCCACGGGCGACAGCGAGUACGCCAAUACGUCCUCGCCCUCAUGAACAUCGUAAGUACCAUGCCACAGAUUACUGCUGGGCAGCUUGAAGAUGUGCCUCUGGCUGUGAGGCAGAGGUUGUGUGGUCUCAGCACAAUAUGGGGAACAUCUCUGGUAGUGGCUGAACGCGGCAUAUCCAGAAAGGUGGUUGACGGCAACUCGAAACGCUCCCUCGAGAACGUGAACAGGUGGAACGAACAGCUUGGGGGUCAACACGAUGUAGCUGUGUGGCUGACACGCGCGGACAUAGGAGGGCCAUCGGGUUACGCCCCCGUGUCAGGUGCAUGCGACCCGGCAAGGAGCUGCACCCUCAACAGGGACGAGGGACUCACCAGCGCCUUUAUUAUUGCCCACGAGGUGGCACACGUGUUGGGUCUGACCCAUGAUGGCGACCAGGCAGUUGGCAACAACUGUAUUCACGACGCGGUAACCGGAAGUGUCAUGGCGCCGAUGGUGUCGGCCACGUUCCAUCGCUUCAGCUGGUCAGUCUGCUCCAAGAAGGAGUUUCACACCAAGGCCGCGCAAUGGCCGUGUCUGCGAAACCAUCCCAAGGCGGGAAACGCAACGCACCUCAAAUCGACGUUGCAAGCGACAUUUUCGAUGGACGAACAGUGCCGCAUGGAAUUUGGAGACGGCUAUUCGCUGUGCCGGACGCUGAACCUUCCCGAUCCCUGCUCACAUCUGUGGUGUAGCCACUUCUCGGCACCGCUCGUCUGCAAGACGAAGAAGGGACCGCCAUUGGAAGGAACGGAAUGCGGAGUGAAUCACUGGUGCGUGGGCGGCUUCUGCGUGCUGGUGGACCGACGCAGGUUUGGUUUCGACCCUGUGACGCACAACCCGAGGGACGGCGGAUGGUCCGAGUGGUCUGGCUGGACGUCGUGCUCCAGGACGUGCGGAUUUGGAGUCACUUUCAGGAGCAGAGCCUGUGAUAAUCCAAGGCGGCUGCCCCAAUUAUGCGACGUUAGACGUAAGGAGUUAAAAAAGUGGACAACGCGACAUUGUAACGAACAGUUUAUUCUCCGAAGCAUUCGGUAUUACCCUGUCAACAGCAUUUCACAGCUGCUUUAUCACUCGUAUAUCAUCUGGGGCAUGUACUACAGACCCGACAGCGGCCCAGCUCCACAAAGACAGUCUCGCCACAUCGCAACUGCAACAAGACCCGCGUAUGGAGGAGAGGACUGUACUGGGAAGAGCGAGGAAUUUCGUGUCUGCGGUCAGUCGCCCUGCCCCGAGCCCCUGAGGGACUUCAGGGCACAGCAGUGUGCCCGACUGCCGUCUAUUGUACCUGUCGGGGGGCUAGGACACAGGAUUAACAAUACUUGGCUCGCACACGAGGCAGACCCGAGUUCCAUGAAAUGCCAGCUGACGUGCGUCAGCAGAGAAACUGGGGAAGUGUUCAUGUCGGGAGAGAACCUGUUAGACGGUACGCCUUGCUCCUACGACAACUACGACAACAGUAUCUGUGUCCAGGGUCACUGCCAUGUACUGGGAUGUGAUGGGGUCUUGGGCUCAACCGUCAAGGAAAACUCCUGUGGCGUGUGUGGGGGUAACAACUCCAAGUGUCACAACGUCAGUAACGCUUUUCACCGGAAACUGCAUAGAACAAUGACACGAGUAGCAGUAUUCCCUCGUCUGGCUCGUGACAUGCGGAUAGAUGUCACUACAGUCCCUGAGAGGGAUGUGAUAUUGGUACUCCGAGACAGACGCAGCCGACAGUACAGUCUUGCCUCACCCAAUGACUUGAGGCUAAAGACAACAGGUCCAGUGCCGAUAUAUGGAACGGUCACUGUGUGGACGGUCCCCUCAAGUAAAGAGCAAAACACCAGCAGCACAGUCAUUGUUGAGGGGGCAAAGUUCCACUAUGAGAGAAAGGGGAGCCAGGAGAAACUGGUUGCUAGAGGUCCACUCCUAGCAGAACUAGUUGUGUCGGUGUCUGCAGAGUCUGCUGCCCUGGACGCUGGUGUGACGGUAUCAGCCAACAGCAGCUACACGCUACAUGAAACUGUGUAUGCGGCAGGCUCACGCUAUGUUUGGCAGGUGGGUGGCUGGGGCCCGUGCUCAAAGAGUUGCGGGGGAGGCCGACGCCUCAAGACCGUGGCCUGCAGGGAUAUCGACACAGGACGUCUUGUGCCUCGGAGACACUGCUCGCUGGUUGCCAAGCCUUCCUCCGAGACAGAACGCUGCAACCUCAUCAGCUGUGACUUCGUGUGGGUGCCUGCGGAGUGGGAAGAAUGCACGUCAACCUGUGGCUCUCGCGGCAUGCAGGAGCGUCAGGUGUUCUGUGUCCACAAUCACACGGACGGUAACGAGCCACCAUGGCGACACAUGGUUGACCCACAGCAAUGCCCAGCUGGAGUCAAACCAGAGACCACAAGACCUUGCAGUCGGGUGCCAUGCCCCGCACACUGGGUCAGUGGCAAUUGGUCACAGUGCUCUGCUAGUUGUGGCCGUGGAUUUGAGAAACGGGAAUUUCGUUGUUCAGCUCCUCGUGGCGAACCAUUCUUCGAUUGUGGUCCAUCACCCCCUGACGAACAACGUGCUUGUCAUGGAACAUUCAGGAGACAUGAUCCUCUGUGCUACAUACCAAAACCGUGCCGCCGUGAUGCAUCCGUUUACUGCAGUCUAACCAACCUUUUGGGGCACUACUGUGUUAUCCCAGGAUUCAGAAAACUCUGCUGUAAAUCAUGCAGUCUCACUAUGAAUAUGCUACCCGAGUGAUAUCUCACAAAACUGAAAUUGUAAAGUAUGAUAAGACCUUCCAUUAUACAGUAGUAUGAAAUAAAAGAAACCUGUAAUUUUCAUA